CAUCAAAGAAAAAUAUAUUUUAUUUUUCUUAAAUCAGAGUUAUAUUAAAACACCCCUCUUCUUCUCUUUCACACCAAAUAACGAUCCAAUUCACCAGAUCUCAUCCUUGAUCCCUACCGGAUCAACCGACAGUCACCGGCAUACUCAAAACACCUACACUUGAUUCAAUACUCUUCAAAAUGGUUGUUCUAGCGGCUUCUAUUAUCAGUAAAUCUGGCAAAGUCCUUGUUUCAAGGCAGUUUGUUGACAUGUCUCGAAUUAGAAUCGAGGGGCUUCUUGCAGCGUUUCCGAAGUUGGUUGGAAGUGGGAAACAACACACUUAUGUUGAGACCGAGAAUGUGCGUUAUGUGUACCAGCCAAUCGAUGUCUUGUAUCUGCUACUUGUGACCAACAAGCAAAGCAAUAUUCUUGAGGAUCUUGAUACACUAAGACUUCUUUCCAAAGUUGUUCCUGAAUAUUCUCCGUCUCUUGACGAAGAAGGCAUUUGCAAGAAUGCGUUUGAGCUGAUUUUUGCUUUUGAUGAAGUUAUUUCUCUGGGGCACAAAGAGAACGUAACCGUUGCUCAGGUUAAGCAAUACUGUGAGAUGGAAAGUCACGAAGAGAGAUUGCACAAGUUGGUAUUGCAGAGCAAGAUUAACGAAACCAAGGAUGUUAUGAAACGUAAAGCUAACGAGAUCGACAAAAGCAAGAUUGAGAGGGGUAAAAUGGACAAAGGUGGGUUUUCAUCUUUACAAUCAAUGGGUUCGAUGGGUUCAAUUGGAAGAAUGGAUAGUGGGUUCGGUAACGAUACUGGUAUAUCCAGUGGUAAUAACUUUGGAAGUGGUUCUGGAUUUGGAUUAAGCUCUGAAGUUGACUCGUUUUCAAGCAAGCCUAAAGGUCGUCCAAGUGCAGCUGUAAGUGCACCGGGUAAAGGAAUGGGUAUGAAGCUUGGUAAAUCACAAAAGGCAAACCAGUUUCUGGAAUCACUGAAAGCCGAAGGUGAAUUAAUCGUGGAAGAUGUUAGACCGAGUGCUAAUUCAAGCAGAGCGGCUGCACCACCGCCUACGGAUCCGAUCACUUUAACGACCGAAGAAAAGCUUAACGUGACACUUAAGAGAGACGGUGGCGUUAGCAACUUUGACGUUCAGGGAACUUUGUCGCUCCAAGUACUUAACCAGGAUGAUGGGUAUAUUCAAGUUCAGAUUGAGAGUGGGGAUAAUCCAGAAAUCAAAUUCAAGACACAUCCUAACAUCAACAAAGAGUUGUUCUCCAAUGAAAAUAUUCUGGGAUCGAAAGAUCCCAACCGUCCGUUUCCCGCUGGCCAAUCUGGUGAUGGUCUUGGUCUCUUGAAGUGGCGGUUGCAAAGUAAAGAUGAGUCAGAUGUCCCUCUUACAAUUAACUGCUGGCCCUCUGUUUCUGGAAACGAAACCUAUGUUAGCAUCGAGUACGAAGCUUCAUCAAUGUUUGAUUUACAAAACGUUGUUAUUUCUGUCCCUCUUCCUGCUCUCAGAGAGGCACCAAAUGUAAGGCAGAUCGACGGCGAAUGGAGAUAUGAUUCCAGAAAUUCGGUACUGGAGUGGUCUAUCCUUCUCAUUGAUGAUUCCAACCGCAGCGGGUCGAUGGAGUUUGUUGUUCCUCCAGCUGACACGUCAGCUUUCUUCCCGAUUUCCGUGCGUUUCUCUGCAACCAGUACUUUCAGCAACAUGAAGGUUGUGAAUAUCAUCCCACUGAGAAAUGGGUCUGCUCCAAAGUUCUCUCAGAGAACACAAUUGGUUACAGACAGCUACCAAGUUGUUUGAUUAAAGUUUUUAUAUUUCUAUUAUCUUUAUUAUUGUGUGUUAUAUAGUUUUCCUGCAAUGGAAAGAUUUAAAUAGACUUUUGUCGCUUUAUGAAGUUUUAUAAAACCAAAUAAACAGCUUUUAGUGUUUGGACAAAGAAAAGUGUUUUAUUUUUAUG